UAGAAGGUUUUCUACUCCAAACGUAUGAAAACUUCCCCUGGCAGAUGAGCACAGUUUGUUCCAAUGGCUACGAAGGUGGCUGAAGCUGGCACUGUGGAGCACCUCACCUAAGCUUGGUCAGACAGGGAAGAUGCCAUCCAUCCCCAGCUAUCCUCAUUUUUGUCUUGCCACUGGACUUCAAUGACUGAACCACCAUGGAUACUGCCAGCCAUAGCCUUGUCCUCCUGCAGCAGUUGAAUAUGCAGCGAGAAUUUGGUUUUCUCUGUGAUUGUACAGUUGCCAUUGGAGAUGUUUACUUUAAAGCCCAUCGAGCAGUGCUCGCUGCUUUUUCUAACUAUUUCAAGAUGAUAUUCAUUCACCAAACUAGUGAAUGCAUAAAAAUACAACCAACUGACAUCCAACCUGAUAUAUUCAGCUAUUUGUUACAUAUUAUGUACACGGGGAAAGGGCCAAAGCAGACUGUGGAUCACGGUCGUUUGGAAGAAGGGAUUCGAUUUCUUCAUGCAGAUUACCUUUCUCACAUUGCCACAGAAAUGAACCAAGUAUUUUCCCCAGAGACUGUGCAAUCUUCUAAUUUGUAUGGGAUUCAGAUCUCAACCACACAGAAAACCACCACCAAGGAAGGGCUGGAGAUGAAAGAAAACCCUUCCAAUAGCAAUGGGAACAGAAACAUCGCCCAGGGUGACCAUCCACAGUUACAACUCUCUCUUGCUAUCGGUCUAGAUGACGGCACUCCAGACCAGCAGAUAUCCCACACCUCCUCCCAGGCAAUGGACGAGCUCCAGAAACCUCCAGUGUCUAUCAAGCAGGAGAGAUGUGACCCUGAGUCUGUCGUCUCUCAGAGCCACCCCUCGCCAUCUUCAGAGGUCACGGGCCCAACUUUUACUGAAAGUGGCAUCAAAAUUCACUUAUGCCAUUACUGCGGGGAACGUUUUGAUUCACGUGGUAGCUUACGAGAACACCUUCACACUCAUGUGUCAGGGUCUCUUCCUUUUGGGGUCCCAGCUUCCAUCCUGGAGAGUAACGACCUCGGGGAGGUGCAUCCAAUUGGCGAAAGCAGCGAGGCUCUUGAGUGCCACCGUCUCAACACCUUCCUUGUCAAAGAAAAUGAGCAGCAGCCGGACCACCUGAACCGUGGCACCAUGGAGCCUUUACAGAUCAGUCAGCUGUCUCUGAUCUCCAAAGACACAGAGCCGGUGGAAUUAAACUGUAACUUUUCUUUUUCAAGAAAAAGAAAAAUCAGCUGUACUGUCUGUGGUCAUAAGUUUCUCCGGAAGAGCCAGUUGCUGGAACACAUGUACACACAUAAAGGUAAACAUUAUAAAUAUAACCGGUGUCCAGGUUUUGGGAAUACAGUGGCCCCGAGAUUUCAGCCAUAUUGUGACAGCUGGUCUGAGGGCCCUCUGAAAAGUUCUGGCUUGUCUCAAGACCAUUUAGAUUCAUCAUGUACUUUAGAGUCUGAUCUCACACAAGAAAAUGUGGACACCAUCCUGGUAGAGUAGCUACUUUUCCUCCACGAUAAUGCCACUGGUUUUUGAAAAGAAAACAAAACAAAAUUUAUAUAGUAGUUUUUAUUUGCAAU